AUGUCGGAUCAUUCUAAUUCCAGCAGAAACGGCGGUCCGCCAGCACUCCCGCCCCUUAGCUCUUCCCGCCAGCCUCCUGCAUCUAACGAACAAGGCAAUGGGCGUGCCUCCUUGAAGACAUCCCGUGAGCAAGACCAGAUCCAGGUUCCUCGUCACAGAUUUCUUGCAUCGAAUGAGUGGACUGUUCUCGCUCGUGGUGUUGGCGCCAUUCGGGAUACGGAAGAGAAUGCACUCGUGGUCCCGACUAGCUGGUGGUGGCCAGCCAAGGGUCUCCCUCCAGGACUAUACGCAGAUGUCAUUCGUCGGAGGUCUGUUUCUUUCUACUUCUUUCACCUCGCCAGCAUCGUCCGCUGGGGCCUCUUGGUUGUGCAGCUUGUUCUCGGCGCCAGCCUCACUGCGCUUGGUGCCUUUAGUUUCGUCAACGGUACAUCUAUUACUGUUCUUGGCGCAGCAAACACCAUAAUUGCAGGACUUCUGGCUCUCUUGCACAACAGCGGACUUCCGGAUCGAUACCGUUACGACAUGGCCGAGUUUGAAGAGGUGGAGGACCACAUCAAAGAGAUUCUCACGACAAGAUUAGUGCGCGCUGAUCUGACGCUUGAUCAAGUACUUGCACAGUGCUACGACCUCUUCCACGACGCAAAGACAACCGUCGAGGCCAAUAUGCCGGCGACGUACACUCCAAGCCAGGCCACCCCAGUCAGAAGAGGUAGCGUCUCAUCGGUGACACCUGGGACGGUCACACCACCAAAGCCGACUAGAGUUAGCUCUGAAGACGACCAAAGUCCGGCGACGCGACCUGGCAAAUGA